UUUUUGAGUAGAGCCGAUGGCCGCAAAAGUUGCAGUGUUUGCCUUGUGGACAUGGUGGAUGUGGUUUGCGAUCAACCUGACGUCACACUCAUGCAGCAGCACUUCGCAGAAAGGAGACAUUGUUCGUUUGUUUACGGAUGAUGUCAACGGAACUCAAGCAACCGGACUUCUCCAAGUCAGCUAUAAAGGAGAUUGGUGGUGGAUAUGCGGAUUGGGCGUGAACUUGACUGUGUCGUCGUUGGUCUGUCGUCAGCUGGGUUUCACCAACGUCAGCUGGGUUAACGCCGUAAAUGACUUAAGGGUCUCAAAACAAGAACGGUUUGGCAGGAUAGAGUGUGAGGGAACUGAGAAAACGCUCACAGAUUGCAAGUACUAUCUGGACGAGACCUACUCCUGCCCAUUAGGCGUCUUGGCAGAGAUUAAAUGCAAGGAUAACAUGGCAACUCCACUGCCUGAUUUUCAGGUCCGUUUGGUGGGCGGGACGUUCCCCUACGAAGGGAGGGUGGAGAUCUCCUACAACGGCCAGUGGGGGACAGUCUGUGACGACAGCUGGGACUACAAGGACGCGGACGUUGUUUGCCAGCAGCUGGGCUUCCACACCGCUGAAGCCAUCGCCACCACGGCCUACUUUGGCGAGGGCAGCGGGCCCAUCUUACUUGACGAUGUCGCGUGCGAAGGGAACGAGACCAGCAUCGUGAACUGCCCUCACUCAGGGAUCGGGGAACACAACUGUAAACACAGCGAGGAUGCGGGCGUCCGAUGCACUGUCAAUAAAACCCAGCUUGAGACGCUGUCACCCGAAAUCACAAAUUCCAUUCUGCCCUUUCUCGUCAUUCUCAUCAAUGGCCUAAUCGCCCUCCUGAUCCUUGUCGGCUGUCUCAUCUACUGCUACCUGAAACUGUGGGACCGAUACACGGGCCGCACCCGCCGCGCCCAGCUCAGACGCACCCAAGAUGCCAGCACGCAGGGAGGGGCCACCGGGGACGGCCACACCCCCUGGGAGUACACCGAGGACCCGCCCCCUUACCACACCGUCCACGAGAAUCGGGACGUGUACAUCAUGCAGCAGUCUGAGACCCCACCUCCCUGAGUAUGACGAGGCAAUGAAGCUUCAGAAUGACACCUGUGUUUAACCCAGGGCAUUGUUUGCAAUAUUUCUACAUCUUCUUGUCUUUUUUGGAUAUUUAUUUGCAAACAAUGAGCACAAGUUUAUUUCUUUGCUUUUAGAUCUGCAAGUUUUUCUUAAAGAGUGCAAAAAAAUGUUUGUGUCUCAUUUUCAAAGGUGCUAACACUUAAAAAACUAAUAUUUUGUGAAAUUGUGGGCUUGUUAUAGUAUUUAUUAUUUUUCUUUGUUACAAUUUGCACUAACAAACACAUGAAUGAAACUUCAUACGGAUUGCUACAGAUUAAGUGGAACUAUUUGUGCUGUUCUGAGCAUGUUGAGAGUGAAAGUCGAAAUGUUUUUGUGCGAAUCGGUUUUACCAUUUUGUCUCACAAAAAAAGUAAGUGAUGCAUCAGAAGGUGAAGAGAAAGACGUGAGUCAUUCACAUGCAUGGGAGACUGUGCUUGGGAACUGUGAUGAGAUAGAUGGUCUCAUUUCAUGUGCUGUGUGUAAUUAAAAUGGUAGCACCCAUGUUGUUUUUAGAAUCACGUUCAAGGUUCACCUUCCAUCGGAAGGAGAAAUUAAAAUGAGCUUUUAAUCAAACGUGCAGAUUGAGAAAUGGAGACUGUGAGUUUUUGAGUAGUCACUGCAUAUACUGUUGGUCAGCAGCAACUCAAAGUGAGUUAUUAUUUUAUGCUUUGAUGCAAGUUGUUUUUUUUUCAGCAAUUGAAUGCUUCACGUAUGUAAACAGAACUACGGAGAGGGGUUCUGUAGUCUUUACAUUUUUCCAUGUCUUUGUAGAUUUUCUUGUCAUGUGCCUGUACUUUCUAACCACAUUUUGAAGAAUCACAGAUUUCAGAUUUCCUCCCCCCCCCCCCAAAAAAACAUAAUUCACCACAGAAUCUUUCCAGCAGUGGUCGUCUCUUAAAAGGAGAUGUUAUUUUCCCGAUUUCAGUGGAUUUUAAAAAAAAAAUGUAUGAGUAUUAUUCAACGCUACCAAGAUUUAUCUAUUGGCAUUCCACUGUCAAUGAUAAAUUGUCAUAUACAAGUUAUGCAUAUACGAAGAUGAUGUGGGCGCAUACAGAUGUCCGAAAAAACCAGCCUUUGGUUUCUCGACAUUAUAUUGUAUAGUGUACAAGUGUGUCAGUCACUGUGUGGACCUCUGAACAAAAGAUGUCCACACAGUGCAGGUAGCGAAAACCUUGUGUGGACCUGCCCAUGUCCACAUAAGGUUUUCCUCAUCUCUGAAAAACAGAUUUAUGGAUGUAACUGCUGAAGUACUUAAUAGCCUUGCGAUUUAAUGAUAUUGUGGCAUGCUGUGUUUACUCUGUUGUACACAUGGGAGCCGGGUCGGAACAUAAAGAGACAAGUUUUUCAGACCAGCUCUCGGCAUUUUGGGCUCCAAUGGUCGAAACAAACGUGGAUGUUGAAAUGGCGGUGACCCUGCCGUGUCUGCAAAUGUUAGGGGUCUUUUUCAAUGUCUUUUUUUCACAAACCUAACAACACGUUCUCUUUUCCUGUGACCCUUCUCCUCCCAUGAAGCAAUUAAUGAUACAAAAUUGUCAUUUUUCUUACUUGGAACAUUGUACCCUAUUAACCCCACUUUCUCCAGUGUACACUUUGAAUGCUUGAGAAAUACGUAAUAAUGAUAAUAAUAAGUGGUGACCGGCAACAUUGUCACUGUACAUUCCCACUGGCCCCCGUCAGUGAUGGGAAGCACUGAGUUGGGUUUCUGUUCGGCUCGACUGGCAUGGCGCACUUGCGACAUACAAAAGUUUGAAGGGGGUUAUCAGGAAUGUCUGUCCGUAACACCACAGCCAAGAGGUUUGUAAGUGCGUUAUAGGUGAAUUGCCUCGUCAGCACACCUAAAAGAAGAUGUUACCCGUGCAUCAGUGUCCGGUAACUGCUUACCCGACGAGUCGAAAAAAGACAUCGCAGAAAGACAUCCCAUAAAACGUGGGAUUGUUACUGCAACUCCGCGGAAUCUCACCCUUAGAAUUUGGCCAGGUAUAUACAUUAUGAAAUCAUCGUGUCUCUGGUCAUCCUGGGUCCUGACGGACUGUGAAUAAUUUGUACUGUUUGCUAAUGGUGUGCUAAUGUAAAUUUUGAUCAAAGAAGUUAUUUGAUUAUUAACUUUUUAUACUUUGAAGAUAGCUUUGAAUGUUUGAUGUUGUUUCAAACUUUAUGCAGUUCCUAUUGUGAAAAGGUAUUUUUACUUGUAAGUAAUAUUGUGCAGACAAGUCAUAUUUGCAAGUUAAAAAUGAAAUGUACGCGCAUUUUUAUAUUUAUUACUUAUACACUGAUUGCACCUGCUAAGUCGUCUGACCUAUAGUGGUUCUCAAACAUUCAAGAGACAUGGUGUCCUUCCAUAGUAAAGUGUGUCAUAAAUGUUGUUUACCAAAGCCGAUUUUUGGUACUGAUAUCGUGCUCAGCACAUCAGUAGUCGGAGUACUUUACCGACCGUCGGCUAUAUUUUUGGUAAAUGACACUUGUGACAGACUUUACGAUGGGAGGACGCUGUGCUUGCUGAUGUUUGAUACCCACCCUAGGUCAUGUGACUGAAAUAGCAGGCACAAUCGAUCUAUUUGUUGUUGCCAAGCUCAUAUUUGUCCUUCCCCCCUAAAAAAUUAUAAUAACCUGUGUUUUGAA